AUGAAGAUUCCAGUAAUAGAUAGAGACUCAAAAGAUGGUGAUAUUAACUAUAAGGCCCCCAAUUCCUUUCCAAUUGGACCUAAUUUCGUGAAAUAUAAGCAUAACCCUAUUUUAACGCCUAAUCCUGAUAACGAAUUUGAGAACUCGUAUUUGUAUAACGCAACAGCGAUAGUUAUCGAUGACCGGGUAUUUUUACUUUACAGAGCACAAAAUCAAGAUAAGAUUUCUUCAGUUGGGAUUGCAUGGUCUAAUGAUGGGUAUAAGUUUGUUAGGUAUAACAAGCCUAUCCUUAAACCCACUGAAUCGUACGAAAAAGGUGGUUGCGAAGAUCCUAGAAUUGUAAGAGAUCCAGUCUCCAAAUUAUUCAUUAUGACCUAUACUGCUUAUGACGGGAAAGAUGCUAGGUUGUGUGUUGCUACGUCCGAGAAUUUAUUUGAUUGGACUAAAUAUCCACCUAUUAUCAACCCUGAUUCAGAUUGGCAUGACAUUGCUUUCUCUUCUGAUAAUAAGGAGACAAUUAGAACAGGGUGGCUGAAGUCAGGAGCAGUAUUUGUAGAAAAGCAUAAGGAUGGUAAAUAUUACAUGAUUUGGGGUGAUUCUGCCUUCCAUUUGGCAGAAUCGACAGAUUUGAUAAGCUGGAAAUUAACAUCCAAGACUUAUGAAGACAAUAUUUUUGCCAAGGGGAUCUUCAAUUGGCAGGAUAAAUUAAUUGAACCAGGUGCAGCACCCAUAAAGUUACAAUAUGAGCUGUCCACAAAAAAUCACUAUGUCUUAUUCUAUAAUUCAGCUACUAGAGGUAGCGGAGAAUACCCGAAGGGUACCUAUGCCAUAUCUCAAAUGUUGGUGGAUUAUGAUGAUUUAUCUGGACCAUUGGCAAGAAUGGAUAAGCCUUUCUUGGUUCCCGAUUCAGAUAAUGAAAUAGAAGGCCAAGUUGACCAAGUUGUUUUUACUGAGGGAAUUGUUCAAUUCCAUGGUAAAUGGUUUUUGUACUUUGGUCAAGGCGAUUCUGAACUCGGUGUAGCAACAUGCGAUGUUUGA